CUUAAGCAUAGAUGGUUGAAUCUUGAAUUCUUUUUAAUCUAGUGCAGGAGUUGGACCUCAGUGAUCCUUGUGGGUCCCUUCCAGUUCAGGAUAUUCUGUGAUUAACCCUACAAAUGUUGAUGUAACAUUGCUUUUUUAUUUUUAGGAUAAACUGAAAAGCUCGGGACAACCAGUCCUCACCUGCCCUGAUGCUCUCAGCUGGGCUGGAGUCUCUCUUGGAUUCUCCUGUGGCUGCUGUGCUGGAGGAGUUGUACCCUGGGUUGCCUGGGAGCGUCUCCACGGAACUCAUGGCAGUGCCAGGACCUGCCCUGGGAUUGGGGGCACAACCUGAGGGGUCAGUGCCUGUGCUGACACACAGGGACACUCCCUGGACUUCUGGAGUAGGAAACUUUUGCCAGAAGACAGAGGGUCUGGGUGACGUGCUCGAGGUGGUUUCUCGUGGGCCAGCAGAAUCCCUUUCUGAAGAAUUGCUGCAGCUUGGAGACCUUGAGGGGGAUGAACAAAACAAAAAAAGACACUUUAGGAAAGUGGACUGUUCCAGUGAUGGAUACCAGAAAGAAGAUGAAGAGGCCCAAGGUGCUGAGGACCGUCAUGCUGAAGGCUCUACUUCCACUCCAGGGGAAACUUGGUCAAAACAAGAGGACCCUCACUGCAACCAGCAAGAGGCAAAGUCUUCAAGAGCCUGUUGCACUGAAGUUACAGGAUCUCUGAGGAGCACAGAGGAAAACCAAGCAAAUGUUCAGGUGACAGCUGAAACUCUGCCAAAGCUCCCUGAAGAAGUACAAGGUAUGAAGGCUGAUGGGACUAGGAUAUUUAGUAAAGCAGGAUACAGGAAUGACAGAGUGAGUAAAGGUCUUCCAGCUGAGAGCAAGGAAUGCCCAGAUGUAGACAAAGUCCUGGCAAGAGCUGGGGUUAAACAAACCAGCAUCUUAGAUUUUCUAGAGCCUUUAAGAGUCACGGACAUUGGAGCAGCCACAGACCAUCCCCAAGACUUUACUGGGCUGGAAGCCCACGCUGCCAUGAGAGCAGGGGGGAGUGGUGUGUCUGCCUUGGAGAUUAAAGAAGAAAAGUUACCCAGACGAAAUCCCGUUAAUGAAUUCAGUGCAUCACGUGCUCAUUGCCAGACUUGUCAGCAGGAUGAAGAACAUGAUGCUCAUGACUUCUGUAAGGGUGCUGUACCCAAACAAAAUGACCUUUGUGGGUUGUCCUCAGCAGGGAGCUGUAGGACACUGUCCACACCGAGUUCUGGAGUUUCAUGUCCGGUUCUGAAGAGCAUCUCUUAUCUGGACUUCAGAAAUAUGCCAGUAGAAAACAGUAGUACUGCAGUUCAUGGAAUUAUCAAUGAACCCCCCCUAAAGUAUCUUCCUCAAAACGUGGAACGUCACACUCAUUAUGAUCACGGAACUGGGUGUGUAGGGAAUCAAAGCUCCACAUCUGUGCCAGUAGAGCAGAUCCCAGCGGUGAGGAACAAAGGAUUAUCUAGUGCUAAAACUGAUCCUAGGGAAUUAAGUGCUGGUAUAGGUAAAUCAUACAGCUCUCAGUUUGGACAGGCUGCUGAAGUCUGGAGAAAAAUUGCUGUGGGAGAUAACAUGGAAGUUUGGAGCUGGCCUGAAGCUCAACAGGGUGUUGAUCAUUGUCAUUCUUCAGUUUUUAGUUCUGUUGCUUCAUUUCCUGAGGACUUCUCCAAGGAAAAAUUUAAAAGAAUCCCAUCAGAAGGUGAGAAGUUAAAAAAGAACCAGUGGCAAUUCUCUGUCAGUGACCUGUUCAAGGAUGGUAGAAAAGAAAAGAGUCUGUUGAUGGAAACCGGCAACAUUGCUUCCCAUGGAACUGGACAGAGAGACAUAAGCUCUUACAAUGCCUCCAAUAAAAUUCCUCCUCCCAGCAACCACAGCUGUCUUGACCUUGGUACCAAGCUGGAAAAAGAUCCACCCAAGGCACAACUGCUUGCAAAGGACUCUGAGAGCAAUACAACAUCAGAUGGGUUGGCUGCUGGUGUAGUUGAAGCUGCAGAAGCUGAUGGCAGUGGCAGUUUGUCCACUGGGAAAGAAACACAUUUGUUUUGUACACUAAAUGUAAAUCUACCUCCUGUUUUACAAAAAGCAAGAGAACCUCAUCAUAAUGAGUGUCCUCCUUGUACUGCUAAUGAAAUUUCACACAGGGACAAGGCUUGGGAUAAUCUGUCUGGAACAGAAACCAUUGGUGCUUCUGGAACAACAGGGGCACAAGUCACGGAAGUUUUGCUUCAUAAAGACAAAUUCAAGUCUUCAGUAAGUUCCAGGACUUUUGCUAACCCUAAUAUGACAAGCAGAGUAUCCCAAAAGGACAUGAAAUCUGCAGGAAAUCCAGGGAGAGUGAUCACUGGUUUAGAAAAUGAACCUUGUUACACAUGGCAUUGUAAUAAUCAGUGUAUAAAAGACCAGUGUACAGCUGCUUGUGCUUCCUGGAUUUUAUCAGGGAGCGCACGUGUGGGUGAAGUUUUCCUGAACAGUCAUUCUGUUGAUGUUGAUAAGAAGAUUGAAGAAAAUGGUAAUUUGGAAGGAGAGUCUUCAUCUGGAUAUAAUACAGAGGCAAUCAUCUUUCCAGAAGCACACUUCCCUUUGGCAUGUGGAUCUCUUCCUUGUGAAGAUGACUGGGGCAACAGAGGUGUAGCUCUGCAUGGGAUAAAUGACAUUCCCACAGGAAAACCCAUGUUUUGCUCAGCUUAUAAUGCAGAGAAGUCUGCUGCUACCUCGGUAAGAGAUGAGAUUUCAAAUAAGAGUGUGGAGGUUGUGAAACUAUUUGAUGUUUGUGAAGUAGCACAUGGCAGCAGAGUUGUUUGUGACAGAGAGGAGGCAAAGGAACAGAUGUGCACGUGUACUUCCCAGACAGAGAAAGGUGGCGGAACAAGAACUGUGGAUUCUCCAAACACUCCUGAAGGCAAUCAGAGAAAUAAGACCAGUGAACAGUUAUUAGUCACAUAUUUGGACAAAAACACCCAUGUUCAUAAUUUUGGAUUUUGCAACUCUCUGGGCACUCAGGAGCAGGAGGAAGUGCCCUCACUCCCAGCAGAUCCCUCAGAUUGCAGCACCUCAGCCUGUGCUGCAUGUCCAGCACCUGCCAACGUGAGCAUCCCAACACAACAUGCCAGCCACAGAGAGCCCACCCUCUGCCCAAGGGAAAACUGGCAUCAUGGCUGUCAGGGUGAGUUUGGUGGCCCAGGGCCAGGCAGUGACCCAUCCUUAGAGACUUUACCCAACCAACCAAACCCUGGCUUACAAACUACAGACAGCUCUGAGGAAGGAAGUGAAUCUGGCUCUAGUCUGGGGGAAGAGGUAGUGCUGAAAGCAGGGGAUGACUUGCCUCUGUUAAUGCACAGAUAUGCAAGAGAAGACGGGUUUGAAGGAACUCUGAAAGAGAAUGUAGUGAAUUUGGACUCCUUAACUGGUGUGAGAAAUGAAGACUGUUCAGGAUCCAUGGGCUCCAUCAAUGAUCUAAUUGAAGAGAAGACAAUCAAACUAAAAGAACAUGAGGAUGGAUGUGAAACAGGCAGUAAAGGAACUCUCAAAGAAAGCUCUUCUGAGAGCAAAGCACAUGGCUCACAGCAUUGUUCUAUCAAACCUGCACCAGAGAAAGCAGAGCUGGUGUUUGCAGGAAACAAAACACAUCUGUCUUUGCCAAAGAUGAAGUCAUUGGUGGAGGAACAAGAAAAUACAGUUAGUGCCCAAUUUUUACCCAUCUCAUCAAUCCAUGGGACAUCCAUGUCAUAUAACCCAGAAAAUAUGAAUGAGCUUUCAGGUACAGAAAACAGAGAAAGUCUGAGCAUAAAAUCUGGCUUAAAUAACACUUGCCCACAGUUAAUGUCUGAGCCUGGUAAAGAAACCAGUGCUCCAAGGGGUGUUAGUCUAUCCCAUUCUGGAAAGUUUGACAGCCAAGAACCUUUUAAUAAGACUCAGGUGGAUUCAGAAACACUGUCAGCUCUGAGCUGUGGCAUCUCUCUGCCUGAGAAGGAAAAGCUGUGUAUGUCACCUGAGGAUAAACAAAGAGAGAACUGUGAUCCAUAUUCAGCCAAAGGUUUUAGCAAAGAUUCUUCAAUGACAAAAAUUCUUUCUGUAACAAUUUCUGUUAAGAGGAAAUCCAGCAGUAUUGAGAUUCCCUCUUCAGAGAGUGAAAUGGCACCAGGCUCUCUAAAUGGUGCAAAAAGCUCAAGAGUUUGUGCCCACAAAGAAAGCCUGAAAGGUGAGGGGCACUGCACACCAACUGACAUGGAUGGGACCUCACCAAAAAGUCCUCCCUGUGAAGAGAAGUUUAAAAAUACAUCUAAGCCAGAAAAUAUGAAUGUGCUUUCAGAUACAGAACACAGAGAAAGUCUGAGCAUAAAACCUGGCUUAAAUAACACUUGCCCACAGUUAAUGUCUGAGCCUGGUAAAGAAACCAGUGCUCCAAGGGGUGUUAGUCCAUCCCAUUCUGGAAAGUUUGACAGCCAAGAACCUUUUAAUAAGACUCAGGUGGAUUCAGAAACACUGUCAGCUCUGAGCUGUGGCAUCUCUCUGCCUGAGAAGGAAAAGCUGUGUAUGUCACCUGAGGAUAAACAAAGAGAUGACUUGUUUUCAGACAAAAAAUUCAGCAAAGAUUCUUCAAUGACAAAAAUUCUUUCUGUAAUAAUUUCUGUUAAGAGAAAAUGCAGCAGUAUUGAGAUUCCCUCUUCAGAGAGUGAAAUGGCACCAGGCUCUCUAAAUGGUGCAAAAAGCUCAAGAGUUUGUGCCCACAGCAAAGAAAGCCUGAAAGGUGAGGGGCACUGCACACCAACUGACAUGGAUGGGACCUCACCAAAAACUCCUCCCUGUGAAGAGACGUUUAAAAAUACAUGUGUAGAAGAUGGGAGAAGAAGUAGCCCUAGAAAAAAGUUGCUCAGAAAUCAUCCAUGGGCCUUGUUAGAAGAUUCUAAAGGGUCUGAUAGCAAAAUAGUCCCCCUCAGUACUGAGAAUCAUGGCAAGGUUUUGGAAGAAAUCUCAAGAUCCAACCUAAAUUAUGUUUCAAACGAAAGAAAAAAUGAUGGAAAGCUCACAGACUUAGCAGGUACCAGUGUGCUUUCAGCAACUGUGCAGGAUUGUCAAGCUGUGUGUGAGGCAGAGGCUUCCCCAGGAGUGCAGUGUGAUCCAACACCCACACUCCAUCCACCUCUGAGCUCCCCAUCAGACAGGGGCACAGAGCCAUCCCCAAACUGGGUGGUUUGCAGGGAAGCACGUGUGCCUUACAAAUCAACUGCACAGAGCACAGAUCAUGUAAGGGAGGGAACAGAGGGCCAGGACACAGGACCAACUCGUGCACUUUGCAAGGACAGUGAGGCUUUAGGUUCAAAGAGACUUGACCUAACAGAGGAACAUCAAGUAACUAAACAAAAGAAGAAGUAUGAAAAGAUGGAAGUGCAUCAGUCAGACCAGGCACACCAAGAACAGAAUUUAGAACAGCAAGAGAAAGCAAAAAUCACACCCAGUAUGUUGCACAGUUCUGAACUCUUAGGCAGCUCUUCAAAUGAGUUGGUGACAUCUAGAAAUACGAAGUUUGAAGGUCCUUUAGAGGAGACUUUUGCUGUUAGCAGCAGUGAAAGGAAACUAUGUAGCACUUUACAAGAAGUUAAAAGGCCAAAGAUUACCACAGAUAUUAUUAGUUCACAGUUUUUGAAGACUCAGGAUUCAGAAAUGGAAAACCUGAACCUUAAUUUAGGGUAUGAUGGAAUCCCUGGUGCCUUUGGAACUACAAAUAAACUAAGAGGAAUGACAAAGAAACUAGGAGGACCUCUUCCACUAAGAAUACAACCUGGAAGGACAUGCAAAAAGGUUCCCACAUCGUAUCAGCUAAAAACCAUUAGAAAAAUCAAAAAAAUUAAAAGUCCACCUUUCCUUGAGUUACCCCUGCAAAUAUUCCCUAAGCAGGAAAACACACCUCUGGAAUCUUUGUACUUUCCAUGUCAACCACCACCAAUGGAAAGGGAAACACCUUUGAGAUUUGCUCCUAUGCCAAGGCAGAGGGCCAGGAGGGGCAGUUUGUUGAACAGCUUGAAAUUUCGGAAAUGUACCAAAGAACCAGCAUUGCUGAGCAAGUUGUCUGCCAUGGCCAACAAGCUCCUGGCCCCUGCCAAGGGCGCCCGUGACUUAGAACCUCGGCCAUAUUCCUCUGAAAUGCUUCCAGUGGGUGACAGGCACAGCCACCACAGAUCGAAAAAUCUCUUGGAAGCCUUUUCUUGCAUUAACAGGAAUGUUCACUCACGCUGGGCUGGCAGUUGGUGCACCAAGAUGUUCAGCUUUCAGCCUUUGGCACUUUAUCCUGUAGAAACUACCAAAAUACUUUUUUCAGACUUAAGCCACAAGCCUCCGACCUCUUUCUCGGACACCCCGGUUUUCCCAAUUUCUUUUCACAUAAAAUUGGACUCCAGUCUCGUGCCAGACCUCACAGGGAUUACAUCCCAGCACUCUGUACAUCACGGACCCAUUUCCAGAGAAAUGCCAGCGCCAGCUUCAAAGUGGACUUUGUCUCUUCUCCUGUCUCAAAGCUGUUCAGAUACAACAGCUUUCGAGGAAGAUUCUACUCUAAAUAAAGAGCUUCGUUUCUCUCACUCCAUAACAGCCCCAAGGACUGAUGCUCUUCAUCCUGACCGUGGAAGAAACAUUGUAGCUGAGAGAAGAGGAGGUUGUUCCACGCUUGGCCUUCACACAGUGUUAGCACUUUCUUCCCCUGGAUGUUACAGGAUUUGGACAAGAAGAAGAAACUUAAGCAGUCAUAUUCCUACCAUCCAGAGACUAUUUAUAUCCCAACUGGCACAGGGUUUGAAAGGGGCAAGGUAUCCAAGCUGUGUACCCGCUGAGCUCGCCUCCUCCUUGCCAUACUCACUGGGCAGGGUCCUCUCCAUAUGGAGUCAGCACGGUCCCUCUGCCCGUCCUUCCGAAAUCCCUCCUCUCCAUUCCAGUCACUGCAAGUGGCAGCCAAGUGUGGGCAUCGAGAACAGCUAUGCCAUGUUACCACACUUACCUGCCCAGAGUAUGGAAGCACUGCAGACUGCAGGCCCUGACAUACGUCUGGAAGCUUCAUUCCCACUCCCGUUACCAAAGCCUCCCACACUUCCAGAGUCACUGCCAUCCCCCCCCAGGCUUUCAGGAUCCGAGCUCCAGGUCCGUGCCCUUGAUGAAGCCGAUGGUCCCGUUCCAGCCUGUCUGAGACCCCAGGAUGACACAGAACUGAAAAAAACUGAGCCAGAAAAGAGGCCAAAGAAAGUCUCAGAGAUCCGAAUCAGGAAAACUGUUCCCAAGCCGGACACUAACCUUACUCCAAUGGGACUGCCCAAACCAAAAAGGCUUAAGAAGAAAGAAUUUAGUUUAGAAGAAAUUUACACAAACAAGAACUACAAGUCCCCUCCUCCAGCCAGGAGCUUGGAAACAAUCUUUGAAGAGCCCAAGGAGAAGAAUGGACACUUGAUUUCUGUCAGCCAGCAGAAGAGAAAGCGGAUUCUCGAGUUCCAGGACUUUACUCUUCCCCGGAAAAGGAAGACACGAGGCAAAGUCAAAGCAGUGGGUUCUUUCACCCGAGCCAAAAGGGCUGCACUGCAGAGUGCAGAGCUGGAUGUGCUUCUGAGUCAGAAGCUCAUGGCCCUUGAAGCCUUUUUUGCAGAGGAGGUGGAGCAGGAGCAGGCCUCCGGCAUCUGAGGGAGCCACGGAGCUGGGAAUGGUCCAGUCAGCCUCUGGAGUAUUUUCCUCUGGGGAGAAAUCUACUGACUUCUUCAUGCAUUACUCUGCUCUAACAUCUGAUAAUCAGUUUUUGGCUGUGACCCUCUCUAAGGUGCUAUUUUGUUUUUUAUUUUUUUAAAUGCUAUUGGAGGGAUUCUUUUAAGUCCCUAUUGGAGUGUAACACAGCCACAUAAAAUUUACCCUUCCUUCCUCAACCUCUGGAAAAUACUGCUUAUAUUUAAUUAAUUAUGUUUAAACACCUUUUGGGGGUAGAGUAGGAGUGUAAAGGAGGAAGUAGUGCACUUUCAGUGAUGCUAGAACUCUGUACUCCAGAUCAUUUGCACAUUUGAGUCUGCUGUUGUUACUGUAAUUAAUGGCUGUUUUGAACAACGUGACAGAAGAGAUGCAGUGUUUGAUAAAGGUGAAUUCUAGCAAACACAUUCUUGAUAUACCACUAACUUUUUAAUAAUUAAACGUAGCUGUCUGGGUUUGCAUUCAAUUGUUUCUUCCUUCUGUUGACUUAGAAGGUUCCUUCUGAGUUUCUGUGCCCUUCCUGGCUCCAGGCAGCAGAAGCCUCACAUAACUAGACUUUAUAUAACUUGCACUUUGUAUAUGUUUCUUUAUUUGGUGCAUGAGGACACCUUUUAACAUUAUUAAACUCAAAAAAGGGUAAUGUUUUAAGGAAAAAUGGUGCCCAGUACUACUUUUUCCCAAAUAGUAGAUUUUUUACUUACUUGGCUGAUGCCAACCUCUUCUCCAGAGGAAAAGCCCAUGAGGAUGUUAAACUGCAGGAUACAUAAGCAGAGAUUUCUGUUUAACUGAGCUGCUGCAUGUAGAGAAUACCAACAAAAUCUUUGGGCUUUGCUUUAAAGUUAUUUUAAACCCAUUGAAAAUAUUAACUUAAUGGCAACAAGAAUUUUUUUUCCCUUCUUGAGGGGUUUUUUACCACUGUAGAUUUUUAAUUCCUGUAGCUCUUAACUGGAUCCUCUCUGUACACACUGUUGUCCAUAACAGCCAGUGCUGCACCAAGAGCCUCCUGGCACGUGGACAUUUUUUAUGUAAGGCCAUUUGUAACCCCCUGAUGCAGCUCUGGGCAAUUUCUCAGCUCUACCUUUUGAAGGAAGAGAGCUCCCUUCUGGCAUAACUUCUGUUACCCUUACUUGAAGCAUAAUUCCAGGUGAAUGCCAGCUGCAGUUCAGGUCAUUGUCCCUUAGUGCCUAGAGGAGUUAUUCAGGCAAAGCUGUCAUUCCUGGGAUGCUCAAAUUGAAUUAGUCUGUUCUUUCUUUCACUUGAACUUGCACUUUCUUAUUUACCUGCCCAUGUAAUAGAGUUUCUAUUGACCUUCAAACUGAGCAAAUAUCUAGUGGGUGGGUAUUUUUUAUAAAGUCCCAAUAAAUGCAGGACUGAAAAUACUAUAAUCAUCUUCUGUUGCUCUACCACUUCUGUUACUGACCAAACAGAAAACUAAAAAUUAUCAAGCAAUCUGUUGAAUUUCAGAGCUUUGAAAGUAGAGAAAUGGAAGAGGAUUAUUACACUGUGUGUGCCUGAGUCUUGAAAGAAGUCUAAUCUGGUUGGUUUUGCUUCCAACUUAUGUGCUGGGAUUCCCAAAGGUUUACAUUCUUGUUUUUAAGGGUAAUUAUCUUUAAUCAGGAAGAGUGAAGAAAAGAGAGGAGUGCACACUUAGAGGAGCAGGGUUUGGAGUUUGAGGGUAAAGUAACAAGGCAGGCAAAGUUUGAACAUAUUGACAUACUAUUUUUCUGGUUAAGCUGUUAAGCUGCUGUAGAACAUUCUAAUCCUCUUUAUUUUUGUAAAAAGAAAUCCCUAAAAAACAAAGGUUGACUGCCUCCUAAAAAAAUGUUUGAAACUUUCCCUAUCCUGGUUUAUUAGCCCAAUUAUGGAUUGGUUGGAAGUGGUAGCAAGAGUGAGAGAUAUAUUUUUAUGGAUUUAUGCUAUAAAAUCGGAUUGUUAGAGAACAUUCAUUCACCUUCUAUUAAUAUGGGAGGCUUCCAGUGCUGUGACACAAUUGAGCUGUAACCUUACUGGGGGCUUUAAGGAAAUAAAAAUACGGGUGGGGAGGGAAGAAACUUGGGUCCAGGAAAAGUUCAGACCUCUAAUGUACUUUAAAACAUGGAAUGUGUUAGGUUUUUUGCUUUGGGUUAUGUUGGGGUUUGUUUGUUUUGGGUGGGGGUUUUUUAUCUGCCUCUCUGUUCUGUCUUGUCUCUGAUUGCUUUGAAAGAACAUUUCUUAGCUUUCUUUCUACAAGCUACAGCAGAGAGAGCAAAGAAAACACUCAAUUCUCUUUGGUUUACAGUAAUUGAAGGAGUUACAAAAAUGUUGCAGUUGCUUAGCCCGUCCCAGACCUUAGUUUGUGGCAACCCAAAUAUCCAGCAUUAUUCUCUUUUGGUUCAGUGUCUGUAUGAUGAUGUGAGCUAAUGGAGACCAAACAUCUCCCCCCUCCAGCAAACAGGUGUCAGUUGUGCUUGUGCACUUUUUUCUCUUUUCCUUUCCCACCUCUGUUGCUGUUUACAGCACUCCUGGAACAGCCUGUUCCCUGGGGCUGCUGCUUGCACACUGGGAGUGGGGACUGUGCAAAAGCUGGGCAUUGGCCACUCUGAGCUGCUUCUGUCACAGAGAACUGCAAGAAAAAAGGAUAGAGGGUCUGUAGCUGGAGGAGAUGUGCAUUUGCCUUUUCAUCAAGUGAACCCACUCCAGUGAGGAUUUUUUUGUAUCACCAUGGACAGACAUUGUAUAUCUUUGCUCACAGAGUGAUGACUAGAGCAGCUCGAGAAGGCUUGCAAAGCUUUUGCCAUGUCCUGUCUCUUAGUAGUAAGUUAUGGAGAGCCAGGCAGCUCUUUGCUAGAUUUGCUGAUUAUGGGAGAUAGAAAGAUCACUUUCCAAGAAAAAAAAAAUGUUAUUUUCAUCAUGCUAUGGCUGGAGCAGCUGAGGCUCCUUAAUGUAUGGUACAGCAUUAGCCUGGCUGGCCUCUUGGCUGUGUACAUUUGAGUUCUGAUGAUUGCUGGAUAUGAAUUCCUGCCAGCAGUUCUCAUUGUAUUGGAUUACAGGUGGGCCUUUGGUAUAUUAUGUUCCAGGUGCUUUUCUAGCAUAUGGAUGAUAACUGUGGAUUGAAAAUCUGUAUGAUGCUAUCAAGUUAACUAAUAGCUCCAUGAGAAUUUGUACACUUGUGCCAUUAGCCUCCAUCAUGCUCUUGGCAUUUUGUUUCUGUUCAAUAUUGUGUGAAUCUAAAA